AAUUCUCACCUGAGGAGAAACACAGCAUUUCGGCUGGUGUUGCUGCUCCAGGGAAAGUUCUUCUACUCCAUCGACUCUCUCUUUUCCUGGUAACAUGGCCAGCAAGAAAGUAAUUACAGUGUUUGGAGCAACAGGAGCUCAAGGUGGCUCUGUGGCCAGGGCAAUUUUGGAGAGCAAAAAAUUUGCAGUGAGAGCAGUGACCAGGGAUGUAACUCGACCAAAAGCCCUGGAGCUCCAGCGCCUUGGAGCUGAGGUGGUAAAAGGUGACCUGAAUGAUAAAGCAUCCGUGGACAGUGCCUUAAAAGGUGCCUAUGGGGUCUUCUUGGUGACCAACUUCUGGGACGCUCUCAACAAAGAUAAGGAAGUGUUUCAGGGGAAGCUGGUGGCAGACACCGCCAAGCAUCUGGGUCUGAAGCACGUGGUUUACAGCGGCCUGGAGAACGUCAAGCGGCUGACGGAUGGCAAGCUGCAGGUGCCGCACUUUGACAGCAAGGGCGAGGUGGAGGAGUACUUUUGGUCCAUUGGCAUCCCCACGACCAGUGUCCGCGUGGCGGCCUACUUUGAAAACUUUCUCACGGCGUGGCGGCCCGUGAAGGCCUCUGAUGGAGAUUACUACACCUUGGGUAAAACGAAAUGAAAGCUCACCGGGCACCUGGUUGCCCUCCUCUCCACUCACCUGCCUCCCUCUUUCCCUUCUUUCCCCUCUGCAGUGGACACCUACCAUUUGAGUGCCUUCUAUGUGUUUAGCUCUGUGUGAAGUGCUGAGAGGGAUGCCAAAUUGUCCUAGGCUUCUCUAGGGCACUACACUAAAUUGCUCUUCUAGGGCAGAGAACUAGAUCUGGGAUCAGAAGCACAAAGGGUUACAUUUCCAAUCUUAACAUACUGAGCCUCCUUAAUGUAAGUACUGGAGUUAGCUAUGUGA